GAACAGAACUAAAAUAAAGCUGUCACAAUGGCUAAAAAGGGUCAGCAAGUGCAACUUCAGGCCGAGCUGAAUACGGACGAAGAAUGGGAAAAGUUUUUGGCGAAAGAUGGUUUACUAGUUAUAGACGUUUACUCAGACUGGUGUGGACCUUGUUCUGGAAUGGCAGCAAAUCUUAAAAAAAUUAAAUUAGACCAAGGAGGAGAUUUACUGCAAUUAGCAAUAGCAAAAAGUGACAACAUUGAACAGCUAUCACGAUUUCGAGGAAGAAGUGAACCAACUUGGUUAUUUGUAUCUAAAGGUAAAAAAGUUAAUUUACUCUUUGGUUGUAAUGCACCACAAUUGACGCGUCUCAUCUUAGAGGAACUAAAAAAUGAAGAACAAGCCGUAAGUGGAGAAAAACCAAGGGAAUAUGUUUCGGAAAUAACCGACUUAGACGAAAUCGAAAUACAAAGACAUGAGGCCGCAGAAGCCAUUGUUAGAGCCGCCAGAGAGAAAGAAGAAGCAAAAAGAGAAAAAGAAUUUCACGAGAGAAAAGUAGCAGAGUGCAACAAUAUACUAGAAAAUUUAUCACACUUGGGUACCAUACUCAUAUUUCCGAGCGGAAGAGAUAGAUAUCACGACGCUUUAGAUGAUCUACUUAAAGAAGCCAGCGUUAUUGCUACUCAAACUGAAAAGGUAAAUAUGACUGAAGAAAAACUAGAACAAAUGUUAUAUUUUCAAGAAAUGCAAGAAGAAGAAGACUAUCUAUUUGAUGAAUACUCACUAUAUGAUCUUUAUAACAAUCAAUGUCUUAUAAUUGUGGUCAAACCUAGUCAUGGUGCAGAGAUCGAAGACAUGGAUCAACUACUACUAGAAAUUAUUUACGGACCAACAAUGAAACCUCCAGGUUCUGAGGAUUGUCCAUACAGAAAAAUGCUUAGUGAAGCCGUAGAUGAAGAAAGUGGAGAACCAAUUAAAUUGACCGGUAUAUGGGCCCCGUCUAUAGCAUGCGUUAAAGCCACAAUUCUAAGGAUGUUUUUUCCUAAAUUGGCUUCAUCGUACGAAAUACCCGAACCGGAACCUGAACCCGAACAUUUGGCUGUUGUAUUCGAUACCAGAAAAAUUCGUGACGCCCUCCAUGUAAUGAGUCAGUGGCCAGACCAAGUUAUGCAUUAUGGUUUUUUCUCAAAGGAGGAUCCUCAUGAUACGGAAUUGAUUGCUAAAAGCGUUCAAAGAUUAGACAAGGCAUCGUACAGAGAGAAAAGAACAUUCCAAGAAAAGUUGAUUAUCCAGUUAUCGAAAAAGAAAAGCGAAUGUGUGUUAGCUUUCGCUCAAAUUGGACCAAGCUAUAUUUCACCGAAUCCUCAAGAAGGCGCUAAAGAAUGUCAAUUAUUCUUUCCCGAUGAUUAUGCUGAAUCACUUACUGAAGAAGAACAAGUCUUUAUGGAAGAAAUUGAAAUGGAAGCAGAAGCUGUGGAAGAAGAAACUAAAGUGGAAGAAGAAAGAGAAAGUGAAGAACAAGAAAUUGAAGAAGAAAUGUGGGAGGAAGGAAUAGAGGAGGAAUUAGAUUUUGAUAUGUUUGACUUUUAGUAUAUAACAAAUAAAAUAAUACAAAGUUAU